AUCAGCAUAACUUCUGGCCAUUAAUGGCGAGAAUAUAGAUGCUGUGCUUGCCUUCACUUGUCUGGCCUUUUACAGAACAUUUACUCGGACACCUGCAAACACAACGACAUAGCCUAUUCGGCAGGCUUUAAUAAAACAUAUAUAUAUACUUUAAUAAAACAGUGUAACCACCAGUAUCCCGGUCUACCACCCUUGGUGCACCUAGCGAAAUGUGAUGCUGAAUCUUUCAUGCGGGUCCAAGCCCCCCAGGCAGCACAGCAUCAAUCAUCAAAUUGCCCUCGCGGCUAUUGUGCAAUUCACAGGAAUUGUUGUGUGUCUCCCAUAACAACCAAGGACUCCAGCACACACAGUUGCACACCACGGAGCCCUGAAAACAAGUUUUCUAGAAAUUGAACAAUGCAAACUCAAGAUGAAGAAUCCUGCGAACCAGCACAACGGAACUGUCCCGGAGCAUCAUCAAGCGCACGAUCGACAAGUUUGCCUAACACAUCCAUCUCAGGUAGAGUUAGAGAAGAGAUGUGUGCAUUUGUGUCCAGACAUCGCGCCCAAUAACCAAAAUAUUCCGAUUUCUGGAAACGUUUCAUCACGAGCGAAAACAGCUAUGGCAGCCGUGGAUGACAGACGUAUGUGGGAGUGGGACCCAUAUGAAACAUCGCAGAAAAGAGAUUUUAUUUAUCGACCCAGUUCAUCAACACCAGUUUUACCUCCUACAAAGACAAGAGCCCAUCGAAACUCCUAUGCACUAGCUUGUCCUGUGGGUGCCACUGUGUACAAUGAGGACUUCUGUUGGAAGCCUGCCACUAAACCUGACAGCAUUCGCACAGGAUCAGCCUCUGGGAACAGGAGGAACAACCCACAUCCCAGUCAGUCAUUCAUGGUGUGGAGACUGCCCAAGGGCCAGAAGCAGAGCUCUGUAGGUGGUUGGUCCCCCCUGGAAAAGUCCUCCUUCUGAGGAAGAGAUCCGAAACGCUCUGACUGCCCAGUACCGGUCCACCUACCGGACUGACUACCUGGGCAUGCCUCAAGGACUUCAGUUGAUCCCCCCGAUUCUCACUCCGCUGAACCACAAGCGCCAAGUCCCUCACUGCACGCACACAGAGAUGAGGCACAACUACCGCCAGCCCAGGGAACGGUCUGAACUGCGGGGCAACAUGUCGCGCUACGGCUGCAACGCACUGCACGGCGUUGCCCCCAGGGGUAUAGUUCCUACUGUUGUUCAUGGUCACAUCCACAACCAGGAAAAUAGUUCCCAGUUGACCACCUACGACAGACACUUUGGAGGGAUAACGACCGAUGUCUCGGCCGUGCUCCGCUCUCUACAACCCCAAGAGCUCCAGCAGUUCUGCAGACAUCUACCUGACAAAGAUAAGGAGGUUGUGCAGACAUUUUUGCACCGAGUGCCCCCUACCGGCCAGGUGAAGAGAGGUACAAAGUCACCUGUCCUCCCUCCUGUGUUGUAUAGGUCAGAGUGGAUGUCUGGCUGGCCCGGGCCCCUGUGAUACUUGACUUUCUGUAGCAUCCCGCCACAAUCAUGUGACAACCAGAGGCACUGUCCAGUCAACAAGUGCCUUUGUGGGACUGUGUGUAUGAGUGUUUAUGCUCUGUUUGUGAGUUUUAUUUGCAGUGUUGUAACUGCCUUGACAUUUCUGAAAAUAAAGCCAAUCAAUCUAAUGCAA